AUGGGAACUGAGGAGGUUAAUCUCUGGGAUCAAGUAAAGCAGGCUAAUGUCUCUUCUGUCACAGAGUUCCUGUUGUUGGGAUUCUCCAGCCUUGGAAAAAUCCAGCUUAUUCUCUUUGCUCCUUUUCUGUGCCUAUACAUGAUUAUCCUGAGUGGAAAUAUCACUAUUGUUACUGUCAUCCGCCUGGAUCCCAGUCUCCACAUACCUAGGUACUUCUUCCUGGGGAUCCUCUCCAUCUCGGAGACAUGCUACACCUUGGUGAUCCUGCCUAAGAUGCUCAUAAGUUUGUUGUCUCUGCUUGGAACAAUCUCAUUCACCAAUUGUGCCACACAGAUGUGCUUCCUUGGUUUCGCGAUCACUAAUUGCAUACAUCGGAGGGUGAUGGAUUAUGAUCGCUAUGUUGCCAUUAUGUGCUGGCAGAUAUGCGGACAACUGGCAGCUGCCUGUGCUGGGAUUGGUUUUCUGUUCUCACUCCUAGGCUCCCUCUUAGUCUUUGAACUCCCUUACUGUGGACCAAACAAAAUCAACCCCUACUUCUGUGAUAUCGCACCAGUCAUCCGACUUGCCGGUACUGAUACCUCUAUCAAUGAACUAGUCAUCUUCAUAGGUGGUCCCUAUGUUCUCAUGGUCCCCUUGACUUUCAUUUGCUUCUCCUAUGGCUUCAUUGUUCAAACCAUCCUGAGGAUUCCAUUGACCGAAGGCAAACGGAAAGCUUUUUCUACUUGUGCUGCCCCUCUCAUUGCGGUUAUUGUGCAUUAUGGCUGUACCUCCUUUGUCUAUCUGCAGCCAUCAUCCAAGUACUCCUCUGGCAAAGACAGGCUAGUGACAGUGACCUACACUGUUGUGACUCCAUUGUUGAACCCCAUAGUGUACAGCCUCAGAAACAAGGACAUUCAGGUGGCCAUUCGGAAAAUGAUCGCCCAAGGAAGAUUUUAUAUCAAAGCUAUACAAUGA